AUGGACCAUGAGCUUCCGGGUUGUUCUAGACGAAAAGAGGGGCUUGUGCUGGCUGCGAGUUUUGCGCUCAAAGUGGCUGUUAGCAGCGACGGGGUUACUACACAACUGUACAGCGCCUGCAAGAUACCCCUGUUUCCUGCCAGGACGAGGGAGUUGUGCGGGAAAUACGAAAACACGAACGUGGUUCUUGUACCUUCUUCCUCCACUCAUACCAGGUUGGCCGGCUUUGAGCGAGACUCUGGUAAAGAACUCUACAAAUUUGAUGGUAAAGAUAGCCAACUCCUUGUCGCUGUAGUGCGGUAAAUGGAGGGGAACCCCCGGCUCCCUGUUCAAAAAAUGCAUGAAGGGACUAUAUAUGUCAAUUGCAUGCUCGUAGCCUCUGCAGAAUACCAAUUUAUAUAAAGCUCCCGAGCAGACGAAAAGAAAGGAUAUAAAACCAGCAAAUGAACCGCGCCCAAUUAACCUUCAGCUUUUCUUUCGGCGAUUUGCUUAAGCUGACACACGAACGCUCUCUGUUUAGACUGUCUUAAACUUCGCAGGGCCGGCCCAAAGUCUCAUUCGCUUCCCGUAAAUCUGUAAUCCUAAAACCAUCAAAAACGCAAAGCCGCAAAUGCCCGUCAUCGUCCCGAACUGACGAAUGGUGCCCUGUUCAUUCGCCCAUCGAACCAUGAAAUAGCUGACAACAAACCCACCAGUCGUACGCCCGAAAUUGAUCCACGCAGCCACUUCUCCACUGGCUUCGGGGUAGCUGUCUAGCACAUAGGCAUUGACUGCAACAGUCGUGAUCAUAAUUCCGAAUACAUACAGACCCCAUCCUAGCGAAGCUAGCAUAUAGUGAUACUCCCUCUCUAGUGCGAAGCCGAGCAGGAUCAAUCCCGCGCACAUGAAGGGGGUCGCUAUCCAGGUUGCUAUGUAUCUGGCUUCGGGCUCCAGACGGCCAUUGUUGCGCCGUGCGGCCAAUCUAGCAAUGAUGUCAUGCAGCCAGUGGCCCGCGAUUUCACCGAGGAUGGCGCCAGUGACGGGAGUAAAGUCCAAAGCCGUAAAGGGGACCAAGGAAAAUGGAGAGAGUAGUGUUAAUACCAACAACCCAGGCGAAUGUCAAUAGAUAAUACAUCAUGGAAAUGAAGACGGGUGGUUUGCAGAUGAUGAUAAGCGGACGCAUGCAGGCAUCUUUGAACGUAUUGCGCAAAUGGCGUGAAUGCCACUGCUCGAUUCCAACCAUUCGCUUCCACUUUGGUCCGCGAUGUGGCUGCUGAGAUUCGGGGAUCUUGCGAUCAUAGUAUGUCUCGUCGAUGUAGAAGACGAUGAGGACUAAGCACAAAGCUGUCAUUAUCGAGUAAACGCCGAAGGCCCAUUGCCAUAUCUGUGUGUUGAUGAUAAAGGCUGUGAAGAGCGGGCCGAGAUACGGAGAGACAAUGAUGAAGCUGGACCAGAUAUUGAUUUUUCGCGCAUGUUCAUGGAAGAAAAAGAGGUCUUUGAUGAACAUGAGACCACCCUGGAAACAUCGCUUUUAGCUAUCUGGACUUCAAGGAAUGAAUGCUGCUUGCGAUAGGAAUUGAACUAACCCCUUGAGCCACAGUGGAAAAAAAGCCAUUGAGAAUCCUAGCAGCCUACACAGCGCAAAAUUGUUAGAUAUGGACACCAUUCCAGUUUCCAUUGGUUAUAGAUUGACAUACCAUGAAGGAUUCAAAUGUCUGGGCCGCUGUGCACCAAACAGCAGUCGCAGUCGCAAUGACCGCAAACCAGAAAAAGACGGGGUACCGGCCGAAGUACGCCGCCAAAGCCACGACGAAUACACCUCCGGCACCCAACAUGAAGACAUUUCCGACCUGUGAAUGGUUUACCUCGUCUGGGGUCAUAUUCCAGAUCCUAGAUUUUUAUACGGAAUUAGGCUGUUUGUUUCUAAAAGUUUGACUAUUGAGAUGUUAUAUCUUACACAGCCUGCGGAAGCAGUGUCACGGCUCCCGUUGCGCUUCCAUAAUCAGGAAGGAAUGCGGUCAUGGAUAUAACGAUGAGAAUGAGGUGUUUCCUCCCCCAUGACCAGUUGAGGGGAUCCAAUGGAGAUGUCGAUGGUUGGGGGAUGAGGAUUGUACGGCCAUCUUGAGCGGUCUUCAGAUCUCCCGCUUGCGCGUGGGAUGUGUCAAAAAGAUAGCCUUCCUUUCCAGCAGCAGCUUCAAGAUUGUCAAUUGCAUUGCUAGAACCGCCAACAGCUAUUUUGUCCUGGUCAGAGCUGCCGGAGGACGACUGUCUGGAGCUAUCCUGACCAGCCAUUGUUGUCUAUUCACACUUUUUUCUCGUUAGAGGAACAAUGAAAGAAGGGAAAAUGCACCAUUCAAAAAGAGGUGGUAAACGAGUGACGAGGAAAAAAUUAAAAUAGAGAAAAUAAAAAGGAAAAUAAGAAAAAAGAGGGGAAGGCGAAGACCAAAAAAAAGAAAAGAGAGAAGAAUAAAAACUCGAGCUCAUAGUACCAACAUUUACACGCUGCGGAUUAGAAUCCCGCAUUAUUCCUAGAAUCAACAGACGCCGCCACUACAUGCUGACGGACGAGGAGACAAGGGAUGCUGUCACAAACGAACCCAGGGGUCA